GAGAGACUAGUCCUUCAACAGGCUCACAAACAAUUCCAUUCAACCAUACAAACUAGUUCUACAACAGAAUCAAAAGAGAUCAAAACAGAAGAAUAAUGGGUCAUCACUCUUGCUGCAAUCAACAGAAGGUUAAGAGAGGCCUUUGGUCACCUGAAGAAGAUGAAAAGCUCAUCAGAUACAUCACUACUCAUGGCUAUGGCUGUUGGAGUGAAGUCCCUGAGAAAGCUGGGUUACAAAGAUGCGGUAAGAGUUGUCGGUUGAGAUGGAUCAACUACUUGAGACCUGAUAUAAGAAGAGGGAGGUUUACUCCAGAGGAAGAGAAGUUGAUUAUCAGUCUUCAUGGUGCUGUUGGCAACAGAUGGGCUCACAUAGCGAGUCAUUUGCCUGGAAGAACCGACAAUGAAAUCAAGAAUUACUGGAAUUCAUGGAUCAAAAAGAAGAUUCGAAAACCUGCGACAUCACAUCCACCGGCAACUAACAAACCUAGCGCUGAUCAACAUUCCCAAUUUAAUUAUGCCACCACCAACCACGUAGAUUUCUUGAACCAAGAUUUGGUAACAAAGCCACCUAUUCAAGAUACCCUAUUCUCUUCUCCAAGCCCUUUGUUCAUGUUCGACACGUCCGGUUCAACGCUCGAGGGGAUUAGCGCGGAUGGUAAUGAAAGAUCAGAGUUUUUCCACGAACAAUUGGGGUUGAAUUCUGAAAUUAGUACUUGGCAUAUGAACCAACAAGAAGUUCCAUCUCUCCCUCCUCCGGUAUUGUCUUUUACGACUAGCAUGGACUUGAAUAAUUACUUGCCGCCAUUAAUAGAGAACAUUGAGAACAUGGUGUCCAUGGAAGUUCAGCAGCCUAACAGUAUCAAUGAAGAAAGAGACAUGGCACUGGAUUGCUUACAGAGACAAGAAUUGAAUGAAUGGGUUGAUUCCCAACACUGCCCAAGUUUUCUAUUUUGGGACCAUCCUGAUCAAGGACCACUUCGUGGGGAAGAGGAAAUUGCACCAAGUUCAUCAAACAUGGGAACUAUGCUAUCUUCUUAUCCUUCAUCUUUAUGAUAUGUUAAUGAUCAACCCGGCACGGACAAAUUUGUUUUAUUCGUUUUCUUUUUUUGGUGAUUUACUUGUUCUUAUCCUUAUACUUUGAUUGGCGAGUUAAAGAAACAAGAGAAAAUGCAAUGUGAACAAAGCAUGCAAUGUUUCUUUGUCUAAGAGAAAGAAGAAAAGAGAAAGACAGAAGGAAUAACGCAAGGCAACAACCAGCAAAGGAUGGUGAAGAUGAGACCAUUCCUUGCUCCUUCACUGUGUUUGCAUGUCAUGGUGUUGAAUACUAAUAGAAAUGGUUUUGCUUUUCCACU